CUGGAGCCAGUCGUACCUGAGAGUUCAAAGAGGUAAGAGGUGGUGUUCUGCAUCACCCACAACACCAAACACCAGCACCACCAUCAACACCACAGCCUCCACCUCACGAGUUACCUGGCUGCCCUCGCUCCACCUGUCCCACCUGCUCGCCAUGCCCUCUUCCACCCACCUGUUAGUGUUGGAGGUGGUGGUGGUUGUGGUACUGUUGGGGUGCGUGGUGGGGUGUGUGGCGCCCACCCCUCACCCCCACCACCACCACCCUCACCACCACCACUACCACCACCCACCACCACCGCUACCACCUCUACCACCUCACCAAGAAGUCGUGCAGGCCGACCCCUCAGAUUUCGUCUUCAAAGUGUACUAUCCGACCGGGAAGUCCCAGGAGGAGGAGCUGCCGGAGUGCGAGCCCUGGACAGUAUGCAACAAGGUGGAUACGUAUGCCGAGCCGCGCGUGGAGAGGCAGUGCAGGUGUGGCGGCGGGCAGGUGUGUCAGGCCUCGCUAGACCCCCAGGACGGCCACACGGUGCUGGAUAAAUCGAGGCAGUACAAGGUGUGCGAGCCCGUCAACAAGCUGCCCAGGUGUCGGUACUUCCGUGACAUCACCUGGACCCUCCUGACGGGGCCGGACAACACGACGAGGCAGGUGAUGGAGUGCCUGUGUCCGCCCCACUCUGUCGCCUACAUCAUCAAGCGUCACGCCUACAAGACCACGAGAGGACCCGGCUUCGUCUACAGCUUUGCCUGCUCUCCUGAAAGUAGGCUGAGGUGCCAGAGGAAGGAGCCGUGUCGCCUCUUCACCGUCAAGAAGAGGCCACAGUUCGAGGACGUCAACACCAACACACUCUGCCGCUGCCCCCACGGCCACACCUGCCCCCGCCACCACAAGGGCCUCGGCGUGCUGCCCGGCAAGACAUACACCGAAGACGCCAUACGCACCUACAGCGGCUACUGUGUCUGAGGGGCGGCCUGUUUGUGUGUGUGUGUUUGUGUAUGUGUGUGUGUGAGUGUACAUGGGAUUAACUAUGUGUGUAUAUAUGAGGCAGAUUAUUCUCUCACUCUCUCUCAUUUCCUUUCUCUCUCUUUGUUGCUCCAUGUUUUUAUUUUUUCUGCCAUUCGUUAUAAUUAGAUUUAGAUUUUAUUAUAUUUUUGCAUUAUCUUUUCUCUUUCCUUUCUUCCUUUCUCUCUUUUCCUGUCCUGCCGUUGUGUAUUUUUUCCCUCUCUUUAUCUCCUUUUUUUAGUGGCAUUCAUUCUCGCAUUACUGUUUGUUGCCCUUCUCCCCUUAUUCUUUCCUUGUCCUCCUCCUCCUCCUUCUCUUCCUCCUCCUCCUUCUUUUGCUACUGUACCUGAGUCCAUGACAUCACCAAGUGCAUGAGUGUGUACGUUUAUGUCUGUGUAUGUGUGUGUAAGUUUCCAUGUGUGUGUACGUAUUUGUGUGCAUCAAAAUGAAUGUCGUGUCGCUGGUGGUGGUGGUAAUGAUACACGAUACUUUUUUGUACAUACGCAUAGAGUAUAAUUUUAUUUUAGCGACAGCAUAUGUUAAUAGUUCUUUACACGUACGAUAUUUUAUUCUUUUUAUCUUCAUUGUUAGCGUUACGUAAAUGUGCUAGUCAGUUCACAUUUUCUCAUUAGGUAAGGUGUAUAAGAUCCUACAUUCUUGUGGCCAACCCUUUAAUGUCCUUCUUUGCUCUCCUUCUUUUAUUAUUUUUUACUUUUUAAUUGCUUUUCCAUCCUUGCAUAACUUAUAUAUUAUCUUUACACAUCAUCACCACCUCUUCCCUCUCAUGUCCUUCUUUGCUCUCCUUCUUUUAUUUUUUUUUACUUUUUAAUUAAUUUUCCAUCCUUGUACAACUUUUAUAUUAGCUUUACAUGAUCACCACCUUUUUCUGCUCUUGUCCUUCUCUCUCCAUUUUUUAUUCUCUUCUUUCUAAUUCUUUUUUCAUGCUUGCACAGUUUUCAUUAUGGUUUUACAUGCUCAUUCUCUCUUCCCUUCCAUGUACUUCUUCUCUUUCUUUUAUUAUUUUCUCUUUUUAAUUCUUUUUUCAUGCUUGCAGUUUUCAUUAUAGUUUUCAUUUCACUUAACAUUUUUCUACGCAACAUUUCUUCAUCUGAAUCAUCUUUUUCUUUCUUUCAUGGGGUCUGGCUCACUAGCUGCCUGUCUGUGAUCUGGUGUUUUUUUCUCAGUUUUUCAAAAUACCAACACACAUACAUAGGUACUAUAUAAAUUUAAGACAUAGGACAUUACAAGCUCAAUUCAGUCUUGCAAAAACACAGAUAGGUAAGAACAUACAUACAUUGGGUACAUAAGUAGAUAUAUACCAUACAAAUAUACAAAAGAAAGAAGAACAUUUGGGCACACAUUGAAGUUUAAUUAAGGUGCAAAGGCAACUGGAGUUAGACUAUUUACUCCUGACUAUGUCCCACCAGUGAGACUUUAUAUGGGAGUAAUAGAGGACUGCUUGAAAUAAUGUGGUCUAAAAUGUAGCAAAUCUAUUUAUAUUUGAUGUGUUGAAUACUCUAAUUAACCAAUGUAAGUACAGAAGGAAGUACAUCAGAAUUCCUAAAGUAUUAUAUGUCUCUUAACCCGGUAGCAGCGACGGGCCAAAUUUGUGGCUUUACUGUGUACCAGCGACGGGCCAAAUUUUUACCAUGAUAUAAACCCCCCAAAAUAGAUGAUGCAAAAACUGAUCACAAAUGCGUUUAUAAAUAUUAUGAAAUGGUUUGCGUGAGUGAUGAUUUUUUCUCAUUUUUCUCGCUUAGAGGGGCCUGUAAGAAACUUGAUCCCUGCAGCUACCGUGUUAAGACCUCAGAAAAUUAGUUAAAAGACACUGAGAAAACUUUGAGAUGAAAAUGAUAAUAUGAUUUCCUUAUUCUUUAAAAUGGAAAACAUAUAUAUAUCUGGCCUCUGUAUUUUUUAAUCUAUGUAUGAAUGUAAUGUUACCUAACCUCCCUUACCACCUUUAUUUUACAUUUACAAACAUAUCUCAUCCCACAUUUUUCUUUAGUGAACAAUAUAACUGGCCUAUGUAUUUGUUAUCUAUUAUUACUGAUACACAUCGCAUUAUUUUCAUAUUUACACAUGUUUUGUCUGCUGUACAUAUUUUUUUCACCCAGCAGAUAUAUACUCCAUAUUAUCAUAAUCUAUACAUGUCAGUUUUUUGUUUUCUUUUCGUAGUGUCUUCAUUAUUUUUUUACCCAAUAGCAAUUCUGUAUAAUCAUUAUCUUUUACAUUCUAAGUUUGUUUUGUAUUAUUUUCACAACACACACACACACACACACACACAUACAGAGACUUCAUAUUGCUAACUUUUGUACAUCCCAACUUUCAUUUACAGUAGCUACACAUUUUUAUUUUUUUGUUCAAGGUUAAUUCUCGAUCACAUGCAGGUCUUUCAUCCUUAAUAACAUUCCAAGAGUUUGCUGGUUGGCUGCUUCUACUCACUCUCCUGCCUCAGAAAAAGAGAUUAAUUAAUAACAAAAACAACAACAGCAAUAAGGAGGAAAUGCACUAUACCGGCCAAACUUAAACGCAUAAAAUUAUCAUUAUUACUUUAUCAUCCCCGCCCCCACAUGUCCUCUGUUUAAUUAUUAGUAUUACUGUAUAUUUUUGUACAUAGAAGAUAGCGAUGUUAUCAUAUACUACAUUUUUAUUAUCUUCCAUAUGUAGAGGGCGAGAGGGGAAGAGGGAGAGAGUGUCCUAUGCAUCCUUCUCUCCCAUGUCCUGUGUCCCUUUCUCUCCCAUGUUAAGUGUGUAUGCAAGGCUGACCAUGAGUUCAAAACAAAUAUAUGAUAGUUACCACCAUAUGCCAUAA